UGGAUAGGACUAGAGGGGAGAAAGGAAAGAAGGGGAGCGGAGGACAUGAAGGAAAGUCGAGUGCUAAAAGAGCCCAUGAAGAAGAUGAAGAAGUAGAAAAAAGGAAAAAGACUGGAAGAUAAUUAUAGGAUUAUAUAUACAUUUAAAUCAAGUCAAGACAUGAAUGACAUAAGUUUAAUGACACUGGUUAAGGGGUUAAAGAAGGACAUCGGAGAGGUGGAGAUAGCGAAGGUGCUUAGGGACGGGCGACUUUUGAUUAAAUGCAAAAAUGGAGAGCAAAAAAGUAAAGCAAUGCGGUUGCAAAAACCGUGCAAUAAGAUAAUAAAGGAAAAAAUCGAAGUGGGAGAACGAAAGGGGGCAAGAGGAGUAGUGACAGGAAUUCCAAGAGGUGAAAAUUUAGAAGAAUUGAAAAGACAAAUAAAAGGGGGAACUGUCAAGAUGUUGACAAGAAUGAUGGCAUAUAGAAAUGGAGAAAAGAUGGAGAGCGAAUCUGUAUUAGUACAGUUUGUCGAGGAAGUCCUCCCGCAGAGAAUCAUGAUUGGGUUUUUAAGCUUUUAUGUUAGAGCUUACGUUCCACCCCCAGUACGCUGCUUCAAGUGCCAACGCUAUGGGCACAUAGCCAGUGUGUGUCAUGCUAAGUUGAGAUGUGGAAUGUGUGGAGGGGAGCAUGAAUAUGGACAAUGUGGAGAUAAUGAUCUGGUCAAAUGUUGUAACUGUGGCGGGAAUCACACAGCAGCGUAUGGGGGAUGUGUCAUUAGGAAACAGGCAACAGAAGUACAGCAAAUCAGAGUAGAAAGAAAUAUUACAUACGCAGAGGCAGUUAAAGUAAGAAAUCAAGAAAGUGCAGAACAAGAUAGAAGUGAGAAUAGUUCAGAACGAGACAGAAGUGGCAAUAGUUCAAGUAAUAAAAAACAAGAGGCAACAAAUACAGGACUUUCUAUGGACAAGCUAGUUGUGUUCCUGGCAUAUGUCAUAAACUGUACAGAACAGGCAAGAAAUAAAACUGAGAAGAUCAAAAUAAUUGUCAAAGAAGCAGCAAAGUUCUUCAAUUUAAAAGAACUAUCUUGGGAACAGGUACAAGGUGAACUACAGAGAGUAGACAAGACAGAGUCACGUUACCACAAUCUAACGCCAUGUUAAUUAUUCAGUGGAAUGCCAGAAGUUUAGUAGCAAACGGACAGGAACUAAAGGGAUGUAUUAAUAAUAUGAAAAAUAAGCCACAUAUAAUAUGUAUUCAAGAAACCUGGCUGAAGCCAAAAUUUAGCUUUAUAAUAAAAGGAUACGUAACAAUACGUAAAGAUAGGAAUGAUGGGCAAGGAGGAGGAUGUGCCAUAUUUAUUAAAGAAGACAUGCAUUAUACAAUAUUAAAAGAAAAACAAGAACUAGAAAUAGUAGGGGUAGAAGUAUGGAAUAAUAAAGAAAGAUACAAAGUGCUAAACUUCUAUAAUCCGUGCAAGAAAUUACAAAUUCAUCAACUAGAAAAAAUAGUCGAGCACUGGAGUGGCAAUAUCAUUUGGUGUGGUGACUUUAAUGCACAUAGCACAAUGUGGGGUGAAAGGGAUGACUGGAAUGGGGAAACAGUGGAAGCAUUUUUGGAGGAAAAAGAACUGGUGUGUGUGAAUGAUGGGUCGGGAACAAGAUUAGAUGUAGUUACGGGUAAAGAAACAGCAAUAGAUUUAACACUGGUGUCACAAGGGUUAGCAGGAAAGGUAGAGUGGGAAGUAAAUAAAGACAGCACUAUAGGAAGUGAUCACUACCCAAUCUUCAUUCACAUAAACAUAAACCAAAGGACAGAAAGCACUAAAAAAGAAGGAAGAUGGAAGUAUAAUCACGGUGAUUGGGGACAAUUUAGGGAAAGUACCGACAUGACAUUAAAGGAAGUGGAUAUAAAUCAAGAUAUUGAACAACUGAAUACAGAUAUUACAAAGUGCAUAAUAGAAGCAGCCAAAAAGAGCAUACCAAGGAGUAGUAUAGGGAAAAGAAGGAAGAUAGUGCCGUGGUGGACACAAGCGUGCACAGACACAAUAAAAGAACGGAAUAGAGCAUUUAGAAUAUUGAGAAGAACACAUAAUUUCCAAGAUAUGAUCCAAUAUAAAAGGCACCAAGCUAAAGUAAGGUACGUUAUUAAAAAGACAAAAAAACACUAUUGGAGAACGUUUUGUGAAUCAUUAAAUAGAACUACUCCUUUAGGCCAAGUGUGGGGAAUGAUCAAGAAAAUGUCAGGGAUCAGAAGUGAACAUAAAAAUCAUGUGAUGAAAGAUGGGACACAGUGUGUGGUAGAAAAUAAAGAAAAAGCAGAACUUUUAGCAAAUACAUUUGUUAAAGUGCACAGUAAUGAUAAUUUGAGAAAUGUAGAAAAACAAAAGAGAGAAGAAACAAUUAGUUUAAAUAUUGGGGAAAUGGUGGAAGACAAUGAUAAUAGUUUAACCAACACUAUAGAUCUGACAUUUUCUUUGAAUGAAAUGGUUCGAAUAUUGAAAAAGGUUAAAAAUACAACACCAGGAAAAGACCAGGUGAGUUAUCAGAUGAUCAAAAACUUAAGCAGCAUUGGCAAAGAAGUGGUCUUGAAAUUAUAUAAUAGGAUAUAUGAAGAAGGGAAAUUACCAGCAGAGUGGAAAGAAGCUGUAAUAAUUCCGAUAUGCAAACCAGGGAAAGACCCGGAAGAGGCAGGUAAUUAUAGGCCGAUAGCAUUGACCUCAAAUUUGGGUAAAGUAAUGGAAAAAAUGAUUAAUGAAAGACUAGUAUAUUAUUUACAGUCAAAAGAAAUAAUAAAAAACUACCAAAGUGGAUUUCGCAAAGCAAGAAACACAAACGACCCAGCAGUGCAGCUGGAAGAGGAAAUUAGAAAGGGACAAAUAAAUAAAUAAAGUAUAAUUGCAGUAUUUUUUGAUAUAGAGAAAGCUUAUGAUAUGUUGUGGAAACAGGGGUUGCUGAUAAAACUAAAUAUAAUUGGGAUUAGAGGGAAAAUGUAUAGAUGGAUAAAAGACUUCUUAACAAGUAGAAAAAUAUUAGUAAAAAUAGAGAAUGAAUACAGCAGAGAAGUGGAAAAUGGGGCCCCGCAAGGGAGUAUAAUAAGUCCAGUAUUAUUUUCAAUAAUGAUAAAUGAAGUUUUUAGUGAAGUGGAAGGAUUAGUGGAUGUGGCACUGUUUGCUGACAAUGGAGUGAUGUGGAAGAGAGGUAGAAAUACUAAUCAUAUAGAAAAGAAGAUUCAAAAAGCGGUAAAUAAAGUUCAAGAAUGGGGAACGGCGUGGGGUUUAAGAUUCUCUGUUGGAAAGACAAAAGUCAUACAUUUUACAAAGAGGAAAGUACAAAACAAGAUCCAAAUUAAACUCUAUGGAGAAAAUAUAGAAGAGGUACAAGCAUUUAAAUAUUUGGGUAUAUGGUUUGAUAAAAAUAUUAACUGGUCAACCCACAUCAGCAAAAUAGUGGAGAAAAUUAAAAAGGUGUUAAAUAUAAUGAGGGCUUUGAGGGGUAAAGACUGGGGGGCUGAUAGGCAGACAUUGAAAGCAAUAUACAUCAGUUUAAUACGAUCUGUUAUUGAUUAUGGAUGCAUUAUUUAUCAAUCUGCUGCAAAAACAUUACUUGGGAAAAUAGACAGGAUCCAAUCACAGGCUUUAAGAUUAUGUUGUGGAGCUACUAAAUCAACCCCAGUUGCAGCAUUACAAGUAGAGAUGAAUGAAAAACCUCUAGAUAUGAGGAGAGAUCAACUGUCAGUAGUUUAUUGGGCAAACUUAAAAGGGUCCAAGCAAGGACAUCCAACCCAUCAAGUACUAUUAAACUGCCAAGAAAAAGAGAAGAAAAAAAUUAAUUGUUUUGGGUGGAUAAUAGGAGACAGAUGUAAUAAAGUUCAAAUUGAUAAUAUUAAAGUUAGCCCUACAGUACCAAUCCCCGCAAUACCACCGUGGAUGUAUGAAAACCCAAAUGUAAACAUGCAAUUACUAAAGAAUAGAAAUUUAAAUAGUUACCCGAUAGAACAAUGGAUUGAGGAAACGUUUUUAGACAACAUCAUGGUGUACACAGAUGCAUCAAAAACUAUAAAUAAUAAGGUAGGAGCAGCAGCUGUUAUUCCACAAGGAAACAUAGUAUUAAAUAAAAUAAUUUGUGAUAAAUUAUCUGUUUUUACGGGAGAAUUGGUAGCAAUUUAUAUGGCAAUUAAUUGGAUAGAAGAAAAUAAAGCAAGAAAAGCAGUCGUGUGCUCGGACUCCAGCAGUGCAUUGACUAGCAUAAAAAACAUAGCGUCAGAAACAAGACAAGAUUUAGUUUAUGAAAUAGUUCAGGCAGUCUACAGAAUAAAUAAAGCGGGAGGUGUGGUAACAUUUCUUUGGGCUCCUGCUCAUGUAGGAGUUGAGGGGAACGAAUUAGCUGAUAAGUACGCAAAACAAGCAACCACUAAAACAGAAGUAAACAUGGAGAUUAAGCACAGUAAAGAAGAAGUGAAGAACAUCAUUAAGAUAGAACACAAUAAAAAGUGGCAGGAUAAUUGGAAUAAGGAAACAAAAGGUAGAGAGUAUUACAAAGUCCAGAGGAGAGUAGGUGUAAUGAGAGGAGGAGGCAAUAGAAAUAGGAAGGAAGAAGACAUUAUUACUAGAAUGAGAUUAGGACAUACAUAUCUAAAUAGUUCAUUGAAAUUGAUGGGGAAACAUGCUACAGAACUGUGCGAUUCUUGCCAACAGAUAGAAAAUGUAAGACAUGUUUUAAUACAUUGUAGAAAAUAUAAUAGAGAAAGGGAAAUACUGGGAAAUAAGUUGGCGAAAGAGAAUACUAGGUUAGCAGUGGAAGAUAUAUUAGGAUUGCACUCAGAACACACAGGUUAUAAAGCAAUACACACAUUUUUUAAAAACACUGGGUUAAAUAAAAGAAUUUAGAGUAGGAAUCCACCUCGAUCCACACUCCAUUACAGUAGGUGGCGGUAAUGCUCACCACAAGGUUGCUUGCCAACCGCCAUAAAAUCACAAGAAGAAGAAGAAGAAGAAGAUGGCAUGCGGUGUGUCGUUAGAGUCAACUUUGCAAUUAACCUUUUGUCUUUACAUUUCAUCUGUAUUCUACUUCAUGUAUUUUUUAAAUAUAGUAUAUUUAGAAUGUGCCGCAGGUUGUUAAAAAUAGCUGCUGACACUUUGUAUUAUAAAGGUGGACGAUACUGCAAAUUCCGAUACCAACUAAAUACAGUACUGUACAAGGCCAGUAUUGCCGUGGAAACACCAAUACCGAUCUAUUUUUGCAUGCAAAUUAAGUUUAGAAUGAUUUUGCCUUCAAUUUGUUGAUCGUGAGUAUGAUAAAAAUAAAACAAUAUUAUGUCAACGUGCUUAUUUAAAUACGAUACUACAAGCCAUGUAACGAUAUCCACAAACUAUUCACUUUACAUUAUUUUAUUGUAUACAAUUGUUUGAGCAGAAUAAAGUCAAUGUUGCAAAAUAAGUAGCUUACAACUAAAUCAAAAGAUGUUUUGAUUGACCCGAUACCGAUACUACCUCCGUAUCGAUAUUUGGAUGUGCUGUCACGCCAAUUUUCUUCCCAUUACAAAAACCUUCCUAGCCCCCAUUUACUUCCGGGGUCAUUUUCGCUUACGUCAUUUCCUCUUACGUACGUCAUUUCCUCUUACUGCCCGUCGCUGGUUUUUUUUUAUUUUAUAAUAUAGUAAUUUCCUCUUACGUCAUUGACAGCGAUCGAUAGAAUCGAUAGAAUCCAAAUAUCCUGAAAAUGGUGGUGUCACUGAAUGAUAUUUGUCUUUAUCUUUCCCAGGGGCCUUAUGUCAAACAUCAGCAGGCUUCGAAACAUUUCAAGCGGAGUGUUAGGGCCGCUGCUGGGAACUUCUGUCUUCGUGGUAACGUGCAAUAAAUAUUAAUUAAUAUACAAUACUGUUAAAUGUCUGUACUACUUUAAAUCAACAUUAUUGUUGAAACCAUUUCACUAAUAUUAAUUAAUAUAUAAUAAUGUUAAAUGUCUGUACUUUAAAUCAACAUUAUUGUUGAAACCAUUUCACUAAUAUUAAUUAAUAUAUAAUAAUGUUAAAUGUCUGUCUUCCUUUUUUUCUCUUUCUAUCCCCUCCUGCUCCGGCCCGGCUGCACCAAAUUAUAAUAUAAAUACAUUUAAUAAAGUCAAAAUACAAAUAAGGCAACAAGAGAAGUAUCCUACACUUCUCUUUUGUAAAGUAAAUCUGAACAGCCGAUAUGGGCAUCUACAUCUACUAUAUGAUUUGCCUGAGAAGCUGGGCAGGACAUUAUAAAAAAAUAAAAUAAAAAAAAAUGUCUGUACUACUUUAAAUCAACAUUAUUGUUGAAACCAUUUCACUAAUAUUAAUUAAUAUAUAAUACUGUUAAAUGUCUGUACUUUAAAUCAACAUUAUUGUUGAAACCAUUUCACUACAAUAUUGUGUGUGCUGCUGUCCUGUGUAGAAGAGGUCCUGUACCAUGGGAACAGAAGGGUCAUUUGGACAGAGGAGUAGAAAGUGGCUGUGUUAACCAAAGCCCAUGCAUGCAGGCCAUUUUGGACCACGGAGGAUGCAAGCGAAGAUUGCUCCCCGGUUUUAUUGGCGGUCCAUCACAAAGGACACAUUGGAUUGGGUGCGCACAUGUCCUGACUGCCAGCGCUUUGAAAAAUUAAAGACCGAGGCGCCUGAGCUGAAGCCCAUCAAGGUCGUAUCACCUUGGUACAUGGUUGGUGUGGACCUCUUUGGACCUGUGAAAAAGUCAUCUAAGGGGAACAGAUAUUGUCUCACUUUGACCGAUUAUUUCACCAAGUGGGUUGAAGCAAGAACAUUCCCAAAAAAGACAGCAGCCAAUGUGAAGGAGGUAUUCUUUAUAUUUUGGUGUUUCACUUACCCAUGGCCAUAAUCAGAAAGGGAAAAAGCCACUAAAGUGCAUAAUUUAUUUCACCAAGUGGGUUGAAGCAAGAACAUUCCCAAAAAAGACAGCAGCCAAUGUGAAGGAGGUAUUCUUUAUAUUUUGGUGUUUCACUUACCCAUGGCCAUAAUCAGAAAGGGAAAAAGCCACUAAAGCCUUGAGGGACAUUUUCUUUACUCAUGGUUUGCCUGAAGUUAUCCUCACUGACCAGGGCACUGAAUUCAAGAAAGAGAGUUACGGAGGUUCUUCCAAACAAUAUGGUUAGGCUGGAGACCCUGGAUGGAAAGCCCAAGCAUAUGAUGACCCCGUAUGCAUCACUGAAACCUCUGCGCUCGAGGACUCACCCUGGCUGGCCAAAGGAUUCCCCUUCAGCCCCUGUGCUUCCAGGAGAUGCUGAAAUGCUGACUUCAUCAUCGGAGGAGGAAACUGAGUGUCAUUGUUUCUCGGACCAUACAUAUGCUGGCCCCACAUCACCCUGGAAAAAGGAGCUGCACCCCGACCAGAAACAACUGGAGCAUUGCACAGCACAUCGUCCCAGGAAGCUGGAGUGAGCUCACUGGAAAAGACAUGCAGGAGAUCCCACGCCAGACAUUGGGGAAUGACUGUGGUGUUUUCAUGCUCAUGUACUCCCUCUGGCUCUGUACGGACACUACUUUUCACUACAGUGUGCUGGACAUGCAGUCAAUCCGGCAUUGGUGAUGUGUCCUUCUAAUGGAGCGCUUUGGCAUUGAAGGGUAGGAGAACUUCUUGAAAUACCUGAUGUAUUGUUUAUCAUGAUUAGUAACUGCCUGUGAUGAGGUGGCGACUUGUCCAGGGUGUACCCUGCCUUCCGCCCGAAUGCAGCUGAGAUAGGCUACAGCGACCCCCCGCGACCCCAAAAAGGGACAAGCGGUAGAAAAUGGAUGGAUGGAUGGAUUAGUAACUGUAAUCUGAAGAGCUUUUCUUCAAUUUCCCCAAAGGCACGGCCAGAGGUUCUGUUAUUGGACAGACAAGGCGAGCGGCCUAUUGCAGGGCAUUCUUUAGCCAGUCUUUAGGGUAUCUAGAACUCAGUCCAGGCCAUCGACUGCGUCAUCAAAGAAUAUCUGAAUACAGUACUGGUAUGCCAUGACACAAAAGUGAAUAAAUUGUAUCAUACCUAUGUUGCUCCAUUAAAAAAAAUGAUUGGAGAAAUAUGUAAGCUGGGGGGAAAAAUAACUGGUUCAAAAAUAAUAAUCUAAUAACCUUUAUUGGUUUGUACCUUGAUGUGGUUUAAGACCUGUUCACUAUAACAUGUCUACUUCUGAGGUGACCACCACUUGUGAUUAUAAUUGACGCUUUGUCCUUUAUCUGUGUUCCCCAUUCUGCAGCUCGUGCAAUGUUUGGAACAAAACAUUUGUAAACAAUAAAAAAUCAUUUUACG